GCAAGCUAACAUACUGGAAAUAUAAAUAGUGCUAGUUUCGUUCCAAUUAGAAAUGAGUUUCUUUGAGAAAUGGAAAGCAGUAUCUGCAAUGAUUGUUGUUGAAUUUGCUCUGGCUGUUGUAAAUGCUCUAUUCAAAAAAGUACUCAAUAGAGGAAUGAAUCAAUUGGUGAUAAGUACGUAUAGGUUUUCAAUUUCUACGAUUUUCUUAACUCCCAUCGCGUGUUUCCUAGAGAGGAAUUUUAUAUCGAAUUUGACAGGUCGUGUUGUGUGUUCUCUGUUUUUCAGCGCGCUUUUGGGGGGUACGCUCACUCAAUAUUUCUUCCUGAUUGGACUUAAAUACACCUCAACAACAUUUAGUUGCGCGUUCAUCAAUAUGGUUCCUAUCAACACAUUCAUCAUGUCAUUGCUACUCAGGCAAGAGAACAUAAAUAUGAAGUGCAAAAGUGGGAGAGCUAAGGCAUUAGGAACCUUAUGUUGUCUUGGAGGAGCCUUAAUACUUACUCUAUACAAAGGAAUGCCAUUGAUGAAUCAAUCAGCACCAGAAGUUGAAGUGAACCACAAUAUAAAGAGUUGGAUUGUUGGUUCAUCAUUUCUAUUCGCGGGGAGCCUCGUGUGGUCUUCGUGGUUUCUUAUACAAGAUAGGAUUGGGAAGGACUAUCCUUAUCAGUAUUCAAGCACAGCAAUAAUGUCAUUUCUUGGAGCCAUUCAAUCUGCAAUCUUGAGCUUGGUUAUUGAUAGAAACACAUCUACAUGGUUUCUCAAAGGAACUUUAGAGAUCUCAACUGUCAUAUAUGCUGGAAUGGUGGGAUCAGGUUUAUGCUAUGUGGUCAUGUCAUGGUGUGUAAAGCAAAAGGGUGCAGUAUUCACCUCUGCAUUUAGUCCAUUGAUUCAAAUAUUUGCUGCUGUGAUUGACAUCUCCAUACUUCAUGAACAAAUUCACCUUGGAAGCAUUUUGGGGUCCAUUUUGGUUAUUAUUGGCUUGUAUAUUCUUCUAUGGGGUAAAAGCAAAGACACAGAGAAUUUGAAGAAUUCUCCAACAACAGAAAAGAAUGUGCAGCCUACACUUCCUGUUACUUCCAGCCCAUCUCAUACAUAAGAAGGUUACAUAAUGCCAAAAGUGUAUAUCCAAUAUGGCUCUUUAUACUGUCAAAUCUUUCUAUAAUGACAUCAUUUGGCUGGAUAUUGUUUGACUCUUAUAGCAAACAUAUACUAUAACAUAACAUGAAAAGUUGGUUCCAAAAAA